AAGGCCAUGUUCAGCGGCAGGAUGGAGGUGCUGACGGACAGGGAAGGCUGGAUCCUCAUAGACCGUUGUGGGAAGCACUUUGGAACAAUUUUAAACUAUCUCCGAGAUGACACCAUUGCACUUCCGAAACACAGGCAGGAGAUCCAGGAGCUGAUGGCAGAAGCUAAAUACUAUCUCAUCCAGGGCUUAGUGGACAUGUGCCAUGCAGCACUGCAGGACAAGAAAGACCUGUAUGAGCCUGUCUGCAGCAUCCCUAUUAUCACCUCCCCGAAGGAAGAGGAGAGACUGAUAGAGUCAUCAAUGAAACCUGUUGUUAAGCUGCUUUAUAAUAGAAGCAACAAUAAAUACUCUUACACCAGUAACUCGGAUGACAACCUGCUGAAGAACAUCGAGCUGUUCGACAAGCUCUCGCUGCGGUUCAACGGAAGAGUGCUGUUCAUUAAGGAUGUGAUCGGGGACGAGAUCUGCUGCUGGUCCUUCUACGGGCAGGGCCGGAAACUCGCAGAGGUCUGCUGCACCUCCAUCGUCUAUGCCACAGAGAAGAAGCAAACCAAGGUCGAGUUCCCCGAGGCACGAAUCUAUGAGGAAACACUGAACGUCUUGCUGUACGAGACUCCCCGUGUUCCUGACAACUCGCUGCUGGAG